CUGGUCAGGGAUCGCAUCACAACAUUAGUUCGAGAGAAACCUACCUUACCAGACAAAACAUCCUGCAGCCAUGACUUCACCUAGAGGCCCAAUUGGCUUUUUGACGAUUGUGCUGAUAGCUCUUCUGAGUUCUGAUCAUGCAGAGACCAAGAUAAACUCCAUGACCAACGCAGACGUCCCGUUCCCACCUGCAGCUCCUACCACUCUGAAUCUGGGUGCCAUCUGCCAGAAGGGUCAUUGCCGCCCCAGAUACCUCGCAAGCUUCUUCCCUCGGUCCGGUGCCAGCCAUUUCCGCCGCCGUGGAAAGGCCAUCAACCGCCUGGAGUCCUGGUACAGUUUGUGCUGCGGCAAGCCAGAAGCACAAAAACUGUGCUGCGCCCAACAAGCUUGGAAACUUGCCCUCUCUCAGUUUUGCGUGGAAGAAUUCUCCACCAAAACACUGGCAUACGAGUGCUGUGAGUUCAAAGGAGACGCUCGGUGGAGCUGCUUUGACAGUGAGCUGCCGAACCCAGACUACAGCUGUGUGCAAGGCUACACCGCUCCCACAGUUCUUUCAGAGCCAGGAUUCACGUUCAACCAGGAUGCGUGCCAAAUAUGACCACAUAAUCACUCCCAUCAAUACAGGAAAGCCUAAUAAAGCAAACAAUUACUCUUUAUCUCCUCUUUGUCCAAGGUAGUCAGAAGAAAAAAGUAGAUGCUUGUUUGAUCCAUGCUUUGUAAUUAGAAGAGAGUUACUUUUUUUCUGUUCUUAUAUGUUAAUCAAGCUUUUUUGGGGGAAAUAUUUAGAAUCCCCAUUUCAAGAUGGGCAGUAGUUUGCAUGCUUAUUGUUCCAACUUUGUUUUAAGUACACUAGCCAGCUCCUGACAGGUAUAUUGAUUUUGUUUGUAUUGCCGCUUCUGUAAAGGCUGUGAUAGACUGUUGGCUGGAUUUCAUUUGGCUGCGAAAUGCAAAUAUUAAACAUUUGCAAAUGCAAAUGUAAAUGUGAAAGGUCUGUCUAACCCUAAACAGCCCUAAAUGUGCUAUGAAAAAUAACAAAUAAACAUUUUUUAAUA